ACUUAUACUGGAUCCAUACUAAUUGCUGUGAAUCCAUAUAUGGAUAUACCUAUCUAUACUGCGGUACAGAUCCGCAUGUACAAACGGAGAAAAAUUGGCGAGUUACCACCGCAUAUCUUUGCGAUAGCCGAUAAUACCUACUCCAACAUGAAAAACCACAAGAGAAAUCAAAGCGUUGUUAUCAGCGGUCAACAUAGCUGGAUCGAGCAACAAGUGCUUGAGGCUAACCCAAUCCUUGAGGCCUUUGGAAAUGCUAAAACUAUCCGAAACGACAACUCCUCACGUUUUGGAAAAUACAUCGAUGUGCAUUUCAACGCUAGUGGCUCGAUUGAAGGGGCUCGAAUAGAAAAGUAUCUGCUAGAGAAAUCUCGAAUAGUCUCGCAGUCUCAGGGUGAAAGAAACUAUCAUAUUUUCUAUUGCCUGCUCGCGGGUCUUUCUCCAGAGGAGAAGAAGAAUCUAGAAUUGACUAAGCCCUCUGAUUAUUUCUAUUUGACGCAGGGCAAAUCACUGGAAGCAGACGGACGGGACGAUGCGGCUGACUUAGCCGAGAUUCGUUCGGCAAUGAAAGUUUUGCUUUUUAAAGAACCUGAAAUUGGUGCAAUAUUCCAACUUCUCGCAGCUCUUCUCCACAUAGGCAAUGUUAAAUAUCGCGGAACUGUCGUUGAUACUAUAGAAGGAGUAGAAGUCACAGAUGGGCGCGACGAUGCGGCGGACUUAGCCGAAAUUCGUUCAGCUAUGAAAGUUUUGCUUUUCAAGGAACCCGAAAUUGGUGCAAUAUUCCAACUUCUCGCAGCUCUUCUCCACAUAGGCAAUGUUAAAUAUCGCGGAACUGUCGUUGAUACUAUAGAAGGAGUAGAAGUCAGUGAUGCAGCAAAUGUUGCAAGAAUUGCAAGGUUGCUUCAAGUCUCCGAGCAAGCUUUACUUAGCACGCUUACCACAAGGUGUAUUGUGACGAAGGAGGAACGAGUUGUCGUGAGAUUAUCAUCACGAGCAGCAGUGGAUGCUCGUGACGCCUUAGUAAAAGGGAUCUAUGGACGACUGUUUGAUUAUAUUCUAACAAGGAUCAAUGAUGCGAUUUAUAAACCUCGCAGUGACAAUGCAAAUCGUCAUUCCAUUGGAGUACUAGACAUAUUUGGCUUCGAAAACUUUGAAAUAAAUAGCUUUGAGCAAUUAUGCAUCAAUUACGCCAACGAAAGCUUGCAACAGUUCUUUGUUCAACAUAUCUUCAAAAUGGAGCAAGCAGAAUAUGAUCAGGAGCAAAUUAACUGGCGGCAUAUCAAAUUCAUUGACAAUCAAGAUACACUCGAAAUGAUUGCAAUUCGACCAAUGAAUUUAUUCUCAUUGAUUGAUGAGGAGAGUAUUUUUCCUAAGGGCACUGAUCAAUCAAUGUUAUGCAAGCUGCAUAACAACCAUUCGAAGGAUAUCCUGUAUCUGAGGCCGAAGUCUGAUCUGCAGAGGUCUUUUGGUGUAAAACAUUUUGCUGGACCGGUUUUUUAUAAUACUAAGGGCUUCUUGGAGAAGAAUCGCGACGCAUUCUCCGCCGAUCUCCUUGGCCUUGUACAGGCAUCAAAAAUGCAUCUUCUAUUGCGAAUAUUUGAUAUUGUGGAUUAUAAUGAAAAUGGGACCAUUAGAGGUAAAGGUGUUACUGUAAGCGGUCAGUUCCGAAAGUCUCUCGAUCAGCUAAUGCAGCAACUCAAUCAAACCGAGCCGUUCUUUAUUCGCUGCAUAAAACCAAAUGAGUACAAAAGAGCUUUAAUGAUGGAUCGGGAUCUUGUGCUUCGUCAGCUACAGUACUCUGGAAUGAUGGAAACUAUCAAAAUUCGACGAAACGGCUAUCCAAUUCGUCACGAUUUUGAGCCAUUUGUCAGACGCUAUCGAGUGCUGGUCAACGGAGUUGGAGCUCCCAAUCAAGUUGAAGUUCGUACUGCUGCUGAGCAAAUCUGCAAGAAGGUGCUUGGUUCAGAAUCAGAGUUCCAGCUUGGCAAGACGAAAGUGUUU